AUGAGUGACUCAAAAGAUACUAGAGAUAUCCUCCUAAACUCAAAUAAUUCUUUGAGAAGUUUUGAGGUUCUCAAACGGGGAGUAGCUACUAGAAUUAACAAAGCUGUAAAUUCCUCAAGAAGUAUUUUGGAGGGUGCAGUGAAAUGUACAUCAAAUUUGCCUAAGUCAUAUAGAAUACUUAGUUUGAUGCCUGGGGCUGUUGAAGCCCCUAUUCGUGAGAGCAAAUAUCAAGAUGAUGUCUGGAUUUCAAUCAGUAGAAAGUAUACAAAAGAGGGGGAAAAUAAAAAUAAGGAGUUAUUUAAUAUGAAAAGUGAAGAAGAUAAACUUGCUGAUGAUGAUAAAUAUUCAGAUUCUCCUUUAGGAGAUAAUGCAGAUGACUAUUUUAAAGAUUUCGUUACUGAAGCUAAAGCAGCAGAAUUUGUUGCAAAAUUUUUAGAUAGAAUGCAAUCAAAGAAGUUUUCAAUGAACUAUGAGAAUUUAUCCACGCAUGUACAUGGAGAAACUCAAUUGGAUCGCCAGUUAGCUGCAUAUCCCUUAUUUGUAGCUACAAUAGCAAAUGCAACUACAGAAGUUGCAGAUAUUAAAAAAGAUCCAUCAUUAUACAACACUUUAGGAGGAAGCUCUAUAGAAGAUUUUCAUCAGAAUAAACAGAUAUUUGAUAGAAAUCCUCUAGUACAAUUAAUGCAAGAAUUAGAUACUGAUUCUAUAUAUGAAAGCGCUCCUUCUUGGAAAUCAAAGAUUCUUCCAAGCAUGGGAACAAAACUAGAAUAUCCAAUACCAAGUGAAGAAAAGUGUUUAGGAAUAUAUGGGGAAGAUUACAAUACUAGUGAAUCUAUCAUAUAUAGACAAUUGAAAUUAUUACCUUCUGCAGGUAAUAUGGGAGUAAGAUUUUCGGGUACACAUGAAAAUACACAUAUGGGAUAUGGAGCUGCAGAUAAUUUAUCAAUAACUGAUGAUUCCACUAGUGGAGUAUCCUAUAAUUUAAAUAAAUCAAAUCCAUCUGUAGUACCUACUAUAAAGAGAAAGAGCAAGAAUUCCUGUGCAGUACCCUCUACUGCAGGUAACAAUUCGAAAUAUUCAAGUCAAUCAAUCCCACUAAAAUUUCCAUGGUUAUUACGCAAGUUACCGGUUACCCAACAGAUCAAGCUUAAAUCUUUGAAUUCUUCGGAUGAUCCAUCUAUAUUAAUGGAUUCACUAAAAAGUGAUAAUGUAAAAAAGUCAUUUUACCAAAAAUUGAGAGAGAUUAAUGCAGAAAGUAAUGCAAGAAAGGAAACUGUAAUUAAAGUAAUUACUAGUAUCAGAGGUAUUGCUAUGGUAAAAAAUAUUGCCAUGGUCCCACCAGAAGGAAGUGUAGCAAGUUAUUUUGAGGAGAUGGAAGAAAAUAGUUCAGAUGAUGAUUCAGGUACUUGGGAUUUCAAUAGAAGAUCAAAAAGCAGUGAUUGCAAAGAUGUUGCAGUUCAAAAAUUUAUGGAAGAGAGUGUAGAUGACAUUGAAGAAGCUAUUGGGGAUAAGGUUGAUCAAAUGAUGAAAACUUUAGAAGAUAAACAUCAGGAGCUACUUGAAACAGCACAAAAGUCUCAGGGUUCACCUAUAUCCUUUAUGGAAGUAGAGAAUUCAUCAAAAAAUAAUCAUAUAGAGAUAUUUCCUACUAAGAGUAUGGAGACAUCGAGUAUUAAUACAUUUGGAUCAGCUACAACAGUUCAUACUGAUGAAUUACGGAAUUCCUCAAGUAUGGGAGAAAAUAAGCUGUCUCUAUUAAACUCAAAUAGAAAUUCAGGUUUACUUGAGAAAUCAGUUAUUAUUGAUUAUGAUUUAAGUGAAAUAUUUGAACAGAAAAAUAAACUUUAUAAAGGUGAAGGUAUUGAAAAAACAUGGAGAUCAUACAAUGAAGCUUUACAGAAAUCUCAAAAUGCUGAAAAAGAAAGAAAAGAUAAAUUAGAGAGUAUUUUCAAAAAUUUAUAUAAAACAGCACUGACAGGACCACAAAGACGAUAUUCACGCAUUCCAAAGGCACUCCUUCCAAUACAUGAAGAUUUACAACAAUUUGAUGAUCCACAAGAAGAGUACUUGCACUUUAUACAAGGUCAGAGGAUGAUUGCUGAGAGUAAUAUAAGAUUUCCUAUAUUAUCUAAUUCUAAAGUUAAUAAGAGAUUUCAAUUAAUGAGAGAGAAGAAUUUAAUUAAUAAUAACUCUACUGGACCUAUGAGAGGCCUUGGAGCUAUUAGAGGUGGCAGGAAAAUUUAUCAAAGAUUUUAUAACCAAGAGAGAAGUGAGACUGAAAAAAAGUUGAGAUCUCAGAAUGUUGAUGCGAGCUAUUUGGAUUAUAAUGAAGAUGAUAGAACGGAAUUCAUAAAACAUAUAAAGAAUCUAAAUAAAAAAGUAAGAUAUAUUAAGAGUAAAGAGGAAGACUUGAAUAUAGGAGUUCGAAUUGCUCUUAGAGGAAAAAAAAUUUACAAUAGAAGAAUAUAA